AUGAACCUCGAGAAGAGCUUCGGGCGCGACAACACGGGGCUCGUGGCGGAGUCGCACCGCCAGGCCAUCGCGUGCAUCGAGGACACCGUGGCGCGCGAGCGCAUCGACUGCAAGUUUUCACGCCUCGAUGGGUACCUCUUCCCACACGACUCCAAGCCGUCCACGCUGGAGACGCUCCACCUGGAGUACGAGGCGUGCAAGCGGGCGGGGUUCACGGACGUGUACAUGGCGGAUCUCAACGGCGACCCCGCCCUCGGCUCCGUGCACAAGGCCAUCUGCUUCCCCUCCACCGCCGAGUUCCACCCCCUCAUGUAUCUGAACGGGGUGGCGGGCGCGUUUGUAUGGCACGGGGGGCGCAUCUUCGAGCAGACAGUCGCCUUCCGCGAGGAGGGGUCGGUGACGGGCACGGGGGCGGGGGUGGUGGUGGCGAGCAAGGACGGGCGGGGCGUGGUGCACGCGGGGGCGGUGGUGCUGGCCACCAACUCGCCCAUCAACCACAACCUCCUCGUGCACGCCCGCCAGCCCGCUGACAGGAGUUAUGUUGUGGGCCUCCACCUGCCUAAAGGCUCCGUCAAGCGAGCCAACUGGUGGGACACAGCUUCCCCCUACCACUACGUGCGCGUGGAGGAGCAGGAGGGGCGCGACGUGCUCGUGGUGGGCGGCGGCGACCACCCCGUGGGCAUGCCCGCCACCCAGUACCACGACGUGUGGGGCGACCUCGAGCGCUGGGCACGGCCCCGCUGGCCCAUGGCGCAGCAGACGCUCUUCCGCUGGAGUGGCAUGGUGUACGAGCCGGUGGACUUCCUGGGGCUGUACGGCCGCAACCCCAUGGACUCCACUAACACCUACAUUGCCACUGGUGACAGUGGGCAGGGCAUGACGGGCGGCACCAUAGCCGCCAUGAUCAUAUCCGAUCUCAUCUGCCGCCGCCCGAAUCCGUUCGUGGAGAUCUACUCGCCAUCGCGCCUGCCGCCCCUGUCCAAGGAGUCACUGUCACUGGCCGGCUCCGUUGUCAGCCACACCUUUCAGGGGUACAAGGACCGCUUGCCCCAGGUGGGCACGGACGGCGUGGAGAUAGAGGAGCUGGGGCGCGGGUGCGGGGCGGUGGUGCGCAUGGGCGGGGGCAAGGCCGCUGUUUUCCGUGACAAGGACGGCUGCGUGCACGCCUUCUCUGGUCUAUGCUGCCUGUGGGGGUGCAUGCUCUGUGUGUGUGUGUGUGGCCCGUUGUGGGAGUGCUCUGCUGCAGCGACAUGUCCGCACAUGGGAUGCAGCGUGCACUGGAACCCCAACGACACCACGUUUGACUGCCCGUGCCACGGCUCGCAGUUCGACCACCGCGGCCGCUGCAUCAACGGCCCCGCCAAGGCCGACCUCGCGCCACUCGACCCUGCUCUGACGGGGUAG